AUGUUGGGCUGGGUCCAGAGGGUGCUGCCUCAGCCCCCCGGGACCCCUCAGAAGACAAGGCCGGAGCAGGAAGAGGGCACAGAGCCAGAGCCCGAGCCCGAGCCCGAGCCUGAGCCGGAGCCAGAGCCGGAGUCUGCAACAGCCCCCACGGAGGCUGAGCUAGAGGAUGAGCCCCUGCCACCUGCAGAGCCAUUCGAGGGGGAGGCGGAGGCCGCGGCAGGCCCAGGCCCUGGGGAGACCCAGGCACUGGCCGCUACUCCACCCACAUCCCUCCAGGCCCAGGUCGCUGUGUUUCCAGAAGCAAACAGUGCCAGCAGCCGGGUGCUGACUUGGCUCAGGAGGGGCAUGGAGAAGGUGGUCCCGCAGCCCGUCUACAGCACCGGGGCAGCCCCCAGCGCCACUGCUGCCUUGGAGGACCCUGCUGAGGCUGGAGCACAGGUGCUUGGGCAUUGCGGCACUGGGGGCCCAGAUGGACCCAGUGAGGCCCGCUGGGCCCAGGACACCGGGCUGGGACCCUGGCUGCUCAGGUGGCUCGAGCAGAAUCUGGAGAAAGUUCUGCCUCAACCUCCAAAGACCUCCCAGGGCUGGAGAGAUGAGCCUGCAGAUGCUUCCUCAGGCCCAGAGACCCCAGGAACACCCCUGGAAACCGAGCCCAUGCCGCAGGCUCUGGAGAAGCCCUCCCUGCCUGCCUCCAGCCCCCGGGAGCCCGAGGAGGAGCCAGGUCCGGAAGCCCAGCAAGGCUCCUCCCUGCCACCCACUGGGGACCCUGCCAGUUUGGUGGCGUGGCUCCUGCACUGGCUGGAGAGGGCCCUGCCGCAGCCGGUGCUCCGUGGGAAGGCCGAGGAGCCGGAACCUGUCGCUGCUGAGACGUGUGACGUGCAGACCAUCAGCAUCCUCCCCAGAGGGCAAGUGGAGGACGACCUCGCCCUGGAGGAAGUUGACGCUCACCAGGAGGACGCGCAUCAGAGUGGCAGCGGCAGCCUGUGGGGAGCAGAGGUGGCUCCGGCUUAUGAAGAGGAGACGGGGGUCAUGGAGGAGACGCCCAGGGAGCUGCCCCGAAUUCAAGAGGAGAAAGAAGACGAGGAGGAGGAGGGAGAGGAGGAAGGAGAGGAAGAGGAGGAGGAGGACGAGCCUAUUGUCCUGCUGGAUAGCUGUCUGGUGGCGCUGGACGGUGCAGAGCAGAGCGGAGUAGGCACAGCCCAGCCCCGGAGGUCCUCUCACCAGGUGCGUCACACCCUCCAGCCCUAUAUAGUUUGGGCAUCACCUGAGAUGCCUGCCACGAAAGAGCACCCAGAGGUGCAGGUGGAAGAUGCUGAUGCCGACAGCCGCCCCCUCAUCGAGGAGGAAAAACCACCCUCACCUGUGCUGCCACCACCUUCUCCUGCCAAAUCUGACACCCUUGUAGUCCCAGGCUCGGCAUCAGGGAGCUACAGGAAGAGGCUGCCCUCCCAGGAUGACGAGGCUGAAGAGCUCAAGAUGCUGUCACCGGCCGAGUCCCCUGUGGUCUCCUGGUCCGACCCCACCACUCCGCAGGACACUGAUGGCCAGGACCGGGCGGCCUCCAUGGCCAGCCAGAACAGUGCCAUCAUCAACGACCGGCUGCAGGAGCUGGUGAAGCUGUUCAAGGAGCGGACGGAGAAGGUUAAGGAGAAGCUCAUCGACCCUGACGUCACCUCCGACGAGGAGAGCCCGAAGCCCUCCCCAGCCAAGAAAGCCCCAGAUCCGGCGCCGGAGGCGAAGCCCGCGGGGGCGGGGCUGGCCGAGGAGGAGCACUACUGCGACAUGCUGUGCUGCAAGUUCAAACGCCGCCCCUGGAAGAUGUACCGGUUUCCUCAGAGCAUCGACCCGCUGACCAACCUGAUGUACAUCCUGUGGCUGUUCUUUGUGGUGCUGGCCUGGAACUGGAACUGCUGGCUCAUUCCUGUGCGCUGGGCCUUCCCCUACCAGAGGCCAGACAACCUCUACUUCUGGCUGCUGAUGGACUAUCUGUGCGACCUCAUCUACCUCCUGGACAUCACCGUGUUCCAGCUGCGCCUGCAGUUUGUCAAAGCGGGGGACAUCAUCACGGACAAGAAGGAGAUGCGAAAUAACUACCUGAAAUCUCGCCGCUUCAAGAUGGACAUACUCUGCCUCCUGCCCUUGGACUUUCUCUACUUGAAAUUCGGUGUGAACCCCCUCUUUCGCUUGCCCCGCUGUUUAAAGUACCUGGCCUUCUUCGAGUUUAACAACCGCCUGGAGGCCAUCCUCAGCAAAGCUUACGUUUACAGGGUGAUCAGGACCACGGCCUACCUGCUGUACAGUUUACACCUGAAUUCGUGUCUGUACUACUGGGCAUCGGCCUAUCAGGGUAUCGGCUCCACUCACUGGGUUUACGACGGUGUGGGAAACAGUUAUAUUCGCUGUUACUACUGGGCCGUGAAGACCCUCAUCACCAUCGGUGGGCUGCCUGACCCCCAGACGCUCUUUGAAAUCGUCUUUCAGCUGCUGAACUACUUCACGGGCGUCUUCGCUUUCUCCGUGAUGAUCGGACAGAUGAGAGACGUGGUGGGGGCCGCCACCGCGGGGCAGACCUACUACCGCAGCUGCAUGGACAGCACGGUCAAGUACAUGAACUUCUACAAGAUCCCCAGGUCCGUGCAGAACCGCGUCAAGACCUGGUACGAGUACACCUGGCACUCCCAAGGCAUGCUGGACGAGUCAGAGCUGAUGGUGCAGCUUCCGGACAAGAUGCGGCUGGACCUGGCCAUCGACGUGAACUAUGACAUCGUCAGCAAAGUGGCACUCUUCCAGGGCUGUGACCGGCAGAUGAUCUUUGACAUGCUGAAGAGGCUUCGCUCCGUCGUCUACCUGCCCAACGACUACGUGUGUAAGAAGGGGGAGAUUGGCCGUGAGAUGUACAUCAUCCAGGCUGGGCAGGUGCAGGUUUUGGGCGGCCCGGAUGGGAAGUCCGUGCUGGUGAUGCUGAAGGCAGGAUCUGUGUUUGGAGAAAUAAGCUUGCUGGCUGUUGGGGGUGGGAAUCGGCGAACAGCCAACGUGGUGGCUCACGGGUUCACCAACCUCUUCAUCCUGGAUAAGAAGGACCUGAAUGAGAUCUUGGUGCAUUAUCCUGAGUCUCAGAAGCUACUCCGGAAGAAGGCCAGGCGCAUGCUGAGAAAAAACAACAAACCCAAGGAGGAGAAGAGUGUGCUCAUUCUUCCCCUCCGGUCAGGUACCCCCAAGCUCUUCAGUGCCGCCCUGGCUGCAGCAGGAAAGUGGGGUGUCAAGGGGGCAAAAGGCGGCAAGCUCGCCCACCUCAGGGCCCGGCUCAAAGAACUGGCUGCGCUGGAGGCAGCUGCAAGGCAGCAACAGUUGCUGGAACAGGCCAAGAGCUCGGAAGGUGCCGGUGGAGAGGGGGGCUCGGCCGCCCCAGCGCAGCCCACCACCGCGGCAGAGGCCGCCCCGGAUCAGCCCGCCCCCGUCACCCCUGCAGAGGCCGCUCCGGAUCAGCCCGCCGCACCUGCAGAGGCCGCACCUGCAGAGGCCGCCCCAGCAGACCUCGGAAGGCACGAGGGAGACGGGGAGGGGGCGUCCGGGCCCGAGGAGCACUCGGUGCGGAUCCGCGUGAGCCCGGGCGCGGACCCCGGCGAGCAGACCCUGUCGGAGGAGGCGCCGGAGGAGGAGAAGGCGGGGGAGUGAGGCGCACUUGCUGGCGCGCUCCCAGCGGCACCCGGCGUCCCGCGCGCCCCCCGCGCGAGGCGGGGUCCGCACCCCACCCCAACCCCGCACACCGAUUGCUCGAUCCCGCAGGUGAAGACGCUUUUCUGCAGUAGGGGCCUCAGUCACUCUCAAUUAUCCGCCCAGCCAACAUCCCUACCCUGACAUCAGCUUCUCAACAAAUUCCGUCAAGGGAACUGUUGGUGUCCCCAAUCUCCCCUCAUCACUUGAGAACACUACACCCCCCCCCCCGGGUGUUAUUAUUUUUAAGAACAAAAUAGUUUCUACUUUAAAAGUUUUCCUGGGCAGGGAUAGAAUGGGACUC